AUGAAGCCGUAUCUCCCUGAAUACGAGGGGCAUGAGCCGCAAAGUGGUUUGACCCCUGCGAUUGCUCCAUUCGCCGGACGACUAGGGGGGAACCAGGAUUUUGUAGUAGAUCGCAGUGAUCCGCGCAAUGAUAAGGUCCUGGAGAAGGUGCCUGACGCGGCACCAUGGAUGACGCUGAGCGAAAUCUUUGACCUCCGCGGGUUUUUAAGUUUGGAUCUGUGGAAGUUUGCUUGUCUGGAAUGCAUCGCCAGCAUGAUGAAUGUCUUUAUCUCCGCAUGGGUCACUCUGCAUCCUCCCGCCGCCGUUGAAGCCCCGAAGACCGAAGUUGGGAUUUACCAUACGCUGACCUUCUUUUCGCCCUUGUUCGGGGGCAUCACGAAUCUCCUGCUGACGCCAUUGCUCAUUUAUACUUUUGCGCCAUCCAGUGGCGGCCACAUCAGUCCCACCAUCACUCUAGCCACGUUGUUCGCGCGGAUUAUCUCGUUCCCUCGGGCCAUCUUAUAUCUGGCCGGCCAGACCCUUGGGGGCGCGCUAGCGGGAUUCGCCAUUCAUACGGCCUACGGAUCCCGGGAAUUCACCGUCGGAGGUUGCCAUGUGGACACCUCCUUGGUGCCGGUCAACGCCGCCCUCAUUAUCGAAUUCUUUGCUUGCUUAGUGUUGAUCUUUCUCGCGUUUGGCGUAGCGCUGGAUCCUCGCCAGGCGAAGAUCUUUGGGCAUGCCGCGGGGCCAUGGUUAGUUGGUGUCGUUCUGGGAGUGGUCUGUUGGGCAACGGCCUUCACGCGCCCGGGUUAUAUUGGAGCUAGUCUCAACCCAGCACGUUGUUUUGGCGUUUAUGUCGCAUCGGAGUUCCCCGGUUAUCAUUGGGUUCAUUGGGUGGCUCCUCUCGCUGCGGCCGUAGCCCAUGGUCUUGUGUAUCUUAUUGAUCCUCUCUGGAGUGAUCCCCGUUAA